CUGAGGCAGAGUCACAGACAGCCAGACAGUGAGACAGACCCUCCUCUGUCCUCUAAUCAAUUCAAUUUUUCUUCUAUCACUUCGUCCUCCCUCCAGGCUCUGGUUCUUCCUUCUCACAUUUCUAUUUUUUUUUCUUUUCUUGGCCAUUUGGAUCGAAAAUCGACAUGAGGAAAAUGAUUGAAGUUUGAAGGCACUGCGUAUCAGAAUUUAUUUUUUUUUCUAUUUAGGUAAUUUUAUUUUAUUUUAACCUAAAUACACUAUUUUAUUUUUUAACUCUAAUUUUUAGUUUUGCAGUUUGUCUAAUACUACAUGUAAUAUUUGAUUUUUGUUCCAGAUUUCUCAUGUCUCUUGUUGGGUGUGAAUUUGGCAAAAUGAAAAGAUAUUUUCUUCCAAAAAGUUCUAAAUCAAAAGACGCCACUUCAAGUUCUAUCGAGCCAGAUUCUAGUAUUAAUGUUAAUGAGAUUACAAAAAAGCAGCGGGCAUAAUUAGAUGAGGAGAAUGAUAUUACUGGUGAUCCUGGUAUUCGAAAACCAAUUGAAAGUUAUCCCGUUGAAAUCAAAGAUGAAUUGAGGCGACGAUAUUUGGUGAAUGGACCUUGUCAGUCAUUAGGACAUGAUUUUCCGCUAAGUCAAUAUGGUGAGGGUAAAAGAAAGUUUCAAGAGGCAUGGUCCAAAAGUUUUGUCUGGUUAGAAUAUAGUAUGUCUAAAGAUGCUGCCUUUUGUCUUUGGUGCUAUUUGUUUGGUGAAGGCCAUAAACAUGGAGAGAAUGCAUUCACUAAAAUUGGAUUUAGAAAUUGGAAAAAGGCUAUUCAAAAAUUCAAGGAGCACGAGGGUGGUGGAAAUAAUUCACAUAAUUAUGCUAGAGCUAAAUGCUUUGGAUAUAAAGAUCAAAAGCAUAAUGUGGAUUAUGUGUUUGCGCAAAAAAGUAGUGAAAUGGAGAUUGCUUAUCGCACCUGGUUAACUGCUGUUGUUGAUAUAAUUAGAUAUCUUCUGGGACAAGGCUUAGCUUUUCAUGGACAUGACGAGUCAUCACAAUCCGUGCAUCGAGGUAACUUUCUUGAACUCAUCAGUUGGUAUUGUGAGCGGAAUGAAGAAAUAAAUAGUGUAAUGAAUUCAAAUGCUCCUGCCAACAAUCAACUGAGUUCUCCGGAUAUUCAAAAGCAAAUUAUCAAUGCAUGUGCAACAGAGGUGAGAAAUGUGAUUUUGAAUGAAAUUGGAGAUAAAUAUUUCUCUCUUUUAAUUGAUGAGGCGCGAGAUAGUUCAGUAAAGGAGCAAAUGUCGAUAAUUCUGAGAUUUGUGAAUGAUGAUGGAGAAGUGAUUGAACGAUUUCUUUGUGUAGUAUAUGUUAGUGAUACUUGUUCGCAAUCUUUGAAAAAUGCCAUUGAUGAGUUUUUUGCAAAGAAUGGAUUGUCGUUAUCAAGACUAAGAGGUCAAGGCUACGAUGGUGCAUCUAAUAUGCGAGGUGAGUUCAAUAGACUUAAAGCACUUAUUUUAAAGGAAAAUAGGCAUGCGCGCUAUAUCCAUUGUUUUUCUCACCAACUUCAAUUAGUUGUUGUUGCUAGCGUGAGCAAAAAUGGGUAUGUCUUACAUUUCUUUGAAUACCUUUCUAUGAUUGUUAAUGUUGCCGGAGCUUCAUAUAAAAUGAGAGAUAAUUUAAGACAACAACAACAUGAUGCUCGUGUCAAAUGUAUAGAAGAAUGUGGUGUUUUGACAGGAAAAAGAAAGAAUCAAGAAAUGGCCUUAGCUCGAGCUGGUGAUACUCGUUGGGGUUCUCACUUCAAAACAAUUCUUCGACUUUUUCAAUUAUGGGAUGUGGUAAAAAAAAGUGAUUCAGGCAGUAUUUGA